CAGAUAAAUGGCUAUCAGCCUGCAAAGUUUGGGAUGGGCCAGACCUAGUCUUCUAUUUUUACAGUGCGAUCGAAAUGUGUGACGUUUGCUAGAAUAACCCUGUAGUUGUACGACAACAUACCAGAUCAGAAAACAAAGCGUUAUUGGAUUUACAGACAACAUUCUUUGACAAAGUCUUCCACCGUGACUUCAUGCAUCCGAAGGAAGACAUCUGUUCUGCAGUCAUGUUCUCGAAGUUGUUUCGAAUGAUGGACUACAGAAGACAUAUUGUAGGGAGAAGCAAAUACCCAGAAGGUUUUAACGCAGUUCCAUUAUAAUACCCACUCAACAAGCAUAUUUACCUCGAAUACCAUCACUUCAUCCUCAUUUCAGGAACAUUUCCGUCUCAAAUUAUACCGAGACCAGGCAAAUCUGGCGUCACCAUUUCGGGCGUUCUCCUUUGGAGCAUUCUACAGAGGAAUAACCUACGUGUGGGAAGCGUUAACUUUAAAAGUUAUAAUCUCCUUCGCAUUACCGUCUAUUCCGGACUUGUGCCUUAUGCGAACUUCGUCUCGAGAUUUUAUCGGCCAAAUCGAGCACAUCGACUCACUCCAAUCUUCCCUAUAACGCCAGAGGAGCUGCAAAGCUGUUUGCCUUCUAUAGUCCAGAAAGGAUAUAGAACAGAGGUGCAUAAAGUCUGGGAAGAUAGCAGGGAUUGUACCAAAGAGAUUACAUAAUGUCUUUAAUGCAGAGAUUAAAAAAAGUCUUAAAAAGGGAUUGUGUUGAAUCUAGCCCUCACUCUGAGGGAAAGUGCCAACAAUAUCCUCUCCUCUAUUAAAUUUCCUCGGCAUUAUACAACUUUCAUUUACUAAGGUACUCGCUCCAAAGCAAUCAUACCCGAUGACCUCAUCUCUGCUCUCUCAAUCAAAGCAUAGACUAUAUUUGAAUGUGUGUUCACCACAUUCUAAACUACAUUUACUUAAAAGGCAUGAUGUACCAGUGAGAGACUUGCAGUGUAGUGGUGUAACUCUAUUCCUCCAGUCUUACUCUAAACCCACAUUCCCACACCAGGAAGUGACACUCGCACGACAAAGGCGCGGUGAAAGAUAACGCCUUAUCUGCCUUCCACAUAAGCAGGUUUCCCAUAUGCGUCGCUUCAGACUCCGCCCGGUGACCGAUGGAUCUCCAUCUCUUCACGUGAACAUCAGUGAAACUCCAGAGUAAGGAGGGACAUUGGUCUGACCUUGGAAAAGCCAUGACGACGAACCAGGAAACCAUCAGUGCAGGGUCCAAAGACUGACACGUGAUCCGUGGGGUACUUGGACGAACAUCACGUGAUGUCCAACAAAGAAGGUAUUCGUUGAGCCAUUCGACGACACUCUUUCAUCCAACCAAGGGCACCCAGGGGAACUGCGACGCUUGUACACUUCUAUAACAUCGAAUAAGAUACCUUGCUCGUACUCCGCUACCUGAGCUGCCCAGGACGUUAAGAGUGAGUAGGUAAAAGCACACAGAGGGACGACAUCAACACAGGAGCACACAGUCUGUGUGCCCAGGCUCAGGCUUUUACAUAAUGGACUUCUACCACCAGCUUGCCUGCAUAUGCGCCAUCUUGUAGGGUUUCCUUGCUCUGCUGUACGGAAUUUCUCGCUUCAUCUCCAAAGGCAUGGCUUCGACACCUGAAUUUGAUCUCAACAUGGAAAGGUCGCCAAAGUGGGGAGGCGUCAGGAAGGAAAUGCACGAAGCCAUUGCGGCGGAUGACGAGGCUCGUGUUCAAAAGUGCCUGGAUGCUGCGCCUGCUUUGAAACUGUGGUUGGACCCUGUUAAAGAAAAAUCAGCUCGUUACAGAGCUGUUAAAAAGAAAGCCAUCCGUAUACAUGGCCUCUUAGUCUCGCGUGGAUGUGGACUCAAGAACAAGAAAGAAUCAUCGUGUUACCAAGGUCUCACGCGCCUUGAACAAGCUGAAAUACGACGGCAACGACAUUACACCACAGAAUGCGAUGGCUCUUACAUCGACUCUUUGAAAAGCAAAUCAAGGCACGUCGGAUGUGAUGACUUCGAGGAGCGAUUGGAGAAGAUGUUCAUGGAACUUUCAACCGACCAAUUAAACGAGAAAAUAUUGAAAGUUGUUGCCACAGCACCGCAUCUGGAUAUACGAUUCGACUACAACAGUGAAAACGUUCAGGGGAUCACGGGGUGCAGCGGCAGCCGCGUCCUCGGACUUGCUACCUGCGAAGAGCAAAGAAUUUUUAUCGGAGGUAGAGGAACGGAAGCCGAAGUCCUGGGCACGUUUAUUCACGAAUCUUGUCAUAUGGCACUUCAUCUGGUGUAUAAAAAUGAUAGCAAGCCAUAUUUCCGCGAAGAUACAGAAAUGAAACGGCGAUACAGAGCCAUUCUCGAUGACAUAAAACGAAGAGAAAACGAUGUGGAUCUCUUGAUCCGACAAGCUUUUAUCAAAAAUGAAGAACAAGAAGCGAUUGUUCGUAUCCCACACAUACUAACUCAAUAUGGCAGCGAUCGUGGAAAUACGGUUCUCGAAAAGGAGGUACCAGAACUACGAAAGUUCUUCGAGGAUACUGUCAUCCCUGACAUGCAGAAAUCCAUUCAAAAUGGAAUCCCGUCGAUAGAUGCGACAAUGAUAGAAAAGGAAAACGCGAGACUCAACAAAGCUUUCAACAUUGGCAAACUGAAAGUCAAAUUCGAGAACCAACCGAAGAACAGUGUCUGGGAAAACGGGUUGCUUCACGUAGUUACGGGCCCAGAAUUGAGGCUUCUCGAAAUAAUGGUUCACAACGCUGUGCAAUCUGCGGGACUUCCGUACAUGUUUUUUGAUGCAAAACAGCUGGACCCCGCACUGAAGGAUGUGUUACUAGACUACAAAUAUGCUUUUGUUCUUGUAACGGUCCAUCCAAAGGAAGACGUCCGAAAGAUGAUUAAACAUUUCAGUGAAGCAUCCUGUGUCACUGGAUCAAAAGUCAUCUUGCUUGUGGAAGACAGUGGUAAAGACUACUUGGUGAAACAAGUGCAAGAAGAUGCAUUCUUUGGCGAGAGGCACAAAGUUCAUAGGAUCGACGAAGCAAGCUUUGCGCACGUCACAUAUAUCUGCAAAAAAGGAGUUUUCGAAAAUUCCCGCCUAAAACUUCAAGGCCAAGACCUUUCUAAGCUUUCGGACGCAACGACUAUAGAUGCCUUCUUACGUUGCGUAGACACUGCGGUUUUCCUAAAGCUAUGCGAGUCGGGGAACAUUGACCUGGGACCUCCUCUUCAAGAACUAGAAGAACGUGUUCAGAACUAUUAUGUGGAACGAGAGUGUAGAAGAGCCGUGAAAAUUAACUUGAAGGAAUGCAAUCUAGAUGACGACAGUGAGGCAUUCGCUCUUCUGGGCUGUACACACAAUCAGGUCGCAACACUUCUACCUACCGGUUGUAAGCCAAAAGCCAAGGAGGAAUUAGAGAAGUUCGAGAAAGUCGUACUCAUACGACAGUCAGGUGACUACGAAGCUCUACUGGAAAAUGUUCAUUUCGAAAACAAAAUAGUGCACCUGCUAAAGUUCGACGAAUCUUGUACUAGGCUCUUGUGGACCACAUCAAAUGGGCGUCUUAGUCACCUUCCAAUGACGGGAAGUGAGAGUUACAACGAGGACGCCUUGUUGAACGUAAACGAGAAGGUUGUCAUAGUCUCUGGUGCACCAGGUAUGGGAAAGAGUACUCUAGCAAAGCGCUUGUGCACAGAAGUAAAAAAUCGAGAUACGAAGCGGUGGGUGAUGUACGUCGACCUUCCUCAGAGAAUGGCAUCUGUUAAGACAGCGUCGCCGAGUCAAGCGGAUAUGUGCAGGUAUCUAGCGGAUCUAUGCCAAGUACAAAAAGAUGGUCUGGAGUUCGCUUUGUUCCAGGAAAGUUUGAACGUCGGAAGCCCUUUCAAGAUUGCCGUCAUCUUCGAUGCCUUCGAUGAAGUGAACGAGGAAUGCCGCAAGUGCGUCUCGGAGCUUACAUCGUUUCUAUCUGAAAAGAAAGCUUGCAAGAUAUAUAUGUUUACUCGCACUGUAUUUAAGUCCCAUGCACAAGAUGCUUUCCACACGGUGUCAUAUGAACUCCUUCCUUUUUCAGACGAAAAUCAGGAGGAGUUCAUUAGAAAAUAUGAGGGAACAGCUCAUUCAACCAAUGAAAAUACUGGAGUCUCCAAGCUGUUCCAGCGACUGCACACGAACUUGAAGGAGACAAACAAGACAAUCCUGGAAACCCCUCUCCUGCUUCGUAUGAUCUUUGAAAUGAAGAAUGGGGAAAUUGCAGAGUCUGAUGAUUACUCUUCGUUACUUAAACGUGCAAACAUAUCAGCCGAUAAGAAUAAGAACUUAUAUAUUGUACACGUGUACAAGUUGUUUGUGUGGUACAAGAACCUUGUAUUCAGAAUUGAAAAAAGAAAAGAAAAUCUCCGCCUACACGCCGUACAAGAGGAGAAUGAUUCCGCAGCGCUUCAGUUUUACGAAAACCAUAAACUCCUCGCUAUGAAGUGUAUAUUCCCUCAGGAAACCUUGAAAUACUUAUUGAACAAAGACGAAUUAGAGAAUUUAGAGCCCGAAGGACGUUUAAUGAAGGACGCAGCUAAUAAUUGUCUCAAAGACGGAUUUCUGAAUGGUCUGAACAACGGAAUUCCAGAGUUCGUUCAUAAGACAUUCGCUGAAUUCUUUGCAGCCGAUUACUUACUGAAAAAAGCGAAAGUAACAGAAAAUUUAGACCUGAGGGAUGUCAUUGUCAAUCUGUACCGUGAAGAAGAAUACAGCGGUGUAAUGCUGUUGUUCGACGCACUGGCAUCGGAGUCCUUUCCCCUUCACUCUGCUGUGAUGAACAAUGAUGCUUCAUAUUUUGAGCAACGCGUUAUACAAAGAGAGGAUAUGUUGAAAGUCGAUGAGCUCGAAAGGACGCCAUUGCACUUAGGAGCCCUGCAUUCUAAUGAAGCAACAUUGAAGAAGCUUCCGAUGGAUGAUGAGCUAAUCAAGAAGGAUUUGUUUCAAAUGUCACCGUUUGGGUACGCAGAGCUGCAGUCUCCAUGGGACGCAAAAUACGCUGGAGAGUGGAUGGAAUGCUUGCGGACUGAGUCUUCGGCUGCGGGAGACAGACUCAACGUGUUAUGCACUCGAUGCAGUGAGGAAGCAGUGAAACGUUCUACCAAAAAUCUACGCACAUGUGAAACCUUGGAGCAAAAGAGACAUUUUCUUGAACGAGCAAUAUUCACGGCUGUGAGACAUGACCUACGAGGCGUUUUAGACGUGUAUCUGAGCUAUGUGUCCCAGAAAGAGAGUACCGUAAUUCUAGACAGAGACACCCUGGACCAAUUAGGAUCACGCAACGAACGAAGCUUGAGAUGUUCUGCAGAGUCUUCGGUAAUUGGAAACCUUGACAGUUUUACAGGCAGUGGCAAUAGAACUGUCCUUUUUUACGCAAAGUCUGAGACUGUUUGUAAAAUGCUCCUUCCUUACUGCGAUAUGGGAAUUCUUGAUUAUGAUAGAAACACAAUGUUGCACAUUAGUGCGAAUGAAGGAAAUCUGGAGACAACACAGUUUUACCUCGCACAUUUAUCCGUUAACAAUAGAAAUGGACUCUCUCAAACUCCUUUGCACUUGAGUGAAGAUGCAGAGAUUGUGAAGCUACUUCUUCCUCUUUAUCCCUCAGUGAAUGUUCUCGAUUGUCAUGAAGAAACUCCGAUAGAUAUAUGUGCAAAGAGAGAUGAUUUGGAGGCCAUGAAGUUGUUACUCCUUCGCACUCGGACAUAUGACGCAUAUCCUAUGAGGUCGGAAACAACGCUUCAUGUGGCUUCUGCCUCUCUUUCCCUUAAAGCUGUGACGUUUCUUCUACCUCACACAAAUGUGCAUAUGCUUAACUACAGAGGAGAAACGUGCUUAGACGUUGCUUGUGUGAUCAAUUGGAUAUAUCCGUUGAAAUCGGUGUCCAACGUUAGGAGGCGUCUCAUCCCACACUCGAUCGUAAACUCACCUGAAACGUUCGGCUCAUCACCGUUGUACGUCUGGGCGAAAGAAGCUGGAGCGAAAGUGAUGCCAACUCUAUGGCCUUAUUUGCGACACAGUGACCCUAGGCAUGCACAGAGGAUCAGCAGAAGCUAUGUGUAUGUGGACGUGCAUUGGAAUUUCCAAAAAGAAAUUUAUUGUCUGAAACUUCUCUUCCUCCAUUUAGAUGACAUCGCUGAUGAUCGUUAUAGCCGUAAAGUGCUACAUGAUGUGGCCAAGAAGAAGCUACGUAAGAUAAAAAAAAGAAAUUAUAUUAAUUACAUGAAGAUGUUACUGCCGCAUUUAAAUCUCAGUGAGCAGGAUUAUGUAAAAUGUAGCGCAGCAAAUAAUGCCAUUGUUACCUUAUAUCGGAGAUGGUCGCACAUGAAUAACACCGAUGAUCUCCACAUUGACGAUGUCAACGCGGAAAUGGUCGAUCACGGUGGCAAUAUGAAGUUGCUAAUAGAAGCAGAGGAAGGAAAUGUGGAAGCUGUUAAGAUUCACCUCUCCCCUUCAUCCGUGUGGUUAACAGAUAAAGAAGGGAAUACUGCAUUGCACUUGAGCGCGUCGAAGGGACACACAAAUGUGGUGAAGCUUCUCACUCCUUUUUAUACAUCAGUGGACGUGAUCAAUAUGCGUCGAGAGACACCCAUGCAUGUGUGCGCCUCAUAUAGACACAUGGACGUUGUGAAGUUAUUAUUACUCCGCUCUAGAAUGAGUUCCCGUGACAAGCAUGGACGGACACCUCUUCACUUGGCCUGUGAAAGUGGUGCCGUUGACAUCGUGAACUUCCUUCUUCCGCACUCAUUCCCUAAUAUGCGCGACAGGUUGGGUUACACGUGCGGCGCUUUUUCCGCUGCAAAAAGGAAAAUGAAUGUUCUGAGAUGCCUCAUCCCACACUCUCUUAUGAGCUGUCCUGAUUGGACAGGUGAUUCACUAAAGCGAAUGCGUUCAAAAGAUUAUAUGAGAGAAGAGGUGGUGACAUUAUUGCCAUAUUCUUGUGAUUAUGACGCUGAGAAUUUGUUGAAGCCUCGCCUGGCAUUGUUGGAGUCCGAUAUCAGUAAGAUAAGUACGUCUUUUGUGAAACUGAUGGUUCUCCACUCGAAUGUCACGGCACUAGAUGCGUGUUUCCGUAAAACACCCAACCGCAUUCAAAUGUUUUAUGUAGGAAGUGAUCCAACCCUGCUUCCAAAACAGACUGAGAGAUCACUACUCCUGAAUUAUAUUUAUCGCUGGCUUCCAAUCCUGCGUCCAAAAGAGACUAAGAGAUCACUAUUCCUGAAUUAUAUUUCUCUCUUGCUUCCGCACGCAAGUAUUUCUGCUAAGCAGGAUGAAGGCAAGAAACUGUUACAAAAAGCCCUCCAAAUUAGUCAAGAUCCCGGAUUGAUUAGCGUGCUUCAGAAAUGGCUCGCAUGAGUGACAUUCAUUCAUGAUGCUGACAAUUGUUUGCAUCGAGUGGUACCGAGCUGUCAGUGGACAUGAGCUCUGCAGAUGGUAUCGCAGUUUUAAUAGAGCUUUCAACAGCAGUAUACUUAGUCCUUGCCUUCUUCUGGGAAAGCACAAAUAUUCAGCCAGAGUCAAAAAUAAAACAAAAAAUCACUUUUGUGAUGGCCGUGGCUAACGCAAUUUUUUCUUCUUCUUGUUCCUUAUGUUACAAAGCACUGUUCCGUUGUAGAUUCAUAAGGUGAUUUGAAAAUGUGUAAAAAAUGUGUUUAUUCCUGAUGUGCUUGUUAUAUGAUUGACUACAUUAUACCACAGCAUGAGAAUACGGCUGCGUGUGAUUAUGUUUAUAUGGUGCGUCUCACCUCUAGUCGAUGUAACUGAAAUAACCGCGAUUAAGCACCACGUUCUUAAAAAAAGUUGGUCAGUGUUAUACCUUUUAGAGUGGUAAUGGCUUGUCACCAAUGUUAGUCGAAAGAUGUGUGAAGUUGAAUCUAUACAGCAGGGUGGUACGCUUCCACACUAAAUAUAUAUGCUUCCUAACUUUACCCGCCUUGGUGUCAAAUGUAUAUUCCCAAAUGCCAAAUGUAAAUGAAAUAGUGUUUUUUUGCAAAUUGGAGAAGGCUCAAUUCAAAUUAUUUUGGAAGUCUCACUUCGCUGCAGAAUUGUGUAAAAUAACUAUUGUCCAGCGAAACACAUGUGCGAGAUACUCGUACUUUUAUUACGACCGAAUAAAUGUACAGGUUCCAAACUGCUUUGCAGUUAUCAUUACAGAUUACAGUGUAGUUACAGAUUACGGAACAUAUUAGUUUGAGGUAAUCAAGAUUGUGUAAAAGAACCGCGACUGAUCCAAAAAUACCCGUCAGAAAUUGGAUUUGUGUUCGUGUGAUGAAAGGAUUGCAUGCAGUUGUCCUUGGAAAUAAUAUGUCCACUUAGAUGUCAUCAAGAGAUCCAGGAGGGAAGAGAAUUCAGUAAAGAAAUAUAAAGGGAAAUGUCCCAAGAGGAGAGCCGCCCAUAUUUCGAACAGAGACUGUUAAUCAAGCCAAUGAAGAGCAAUAAGUGGCGUUAUCUUGGCUCAAAACAAGUAAGGCGCGUCAUGUUAGAAAAUGACCAGCAUGUCAUUGUUAUUGAGGUUUGAAGCAAUGUCGCCCAUAAAAUUACUUUCUCGAAUUGCUUAGUGAACGAUGAUGCUUCGCUGGCGUUACAUUGGUCUACAACCAAAACAAACUGUCAAUAUAGCCAGUUUUCAACCACUGCUUGUAAUUUAAUAUUCCCAAAACACGUUAGAAAAACCGGAAUACUAUUGCUAAAAUUUAACUUGUGGUCCCACGAAGUAUUCUGGCAACAACUAUUUCUUAACUUUUUGGUCGAUAUGUUCUCAGUGAUGGGUUGUUCUGUAGGACUACCCGAAUCCAAGACCGAGCGAGAUCCUACUAUCUCACCACCGCGUGCCACCCAUGGCAGAGUUUCAGUAUCUACACAGAUAAGUAUAAGAAAAUUGCUGAAAGAAAAAUGCAUUGUACUGUGAUGCCUUCCCGUUGUCGUGCUGCCAUUCAAACCAAUUAAAACUAGACCCGAGUGGCAGAUACUAUAGCUACAGGGCAUUCGUAUUCUUCAUUGGCUCACCACGGGCUUGCAACAUUGGACCAAUAUUGGCAGUUUCAUUGGCGUAUUUUCCAGACCUUUGUUGCACGGCCUAUAUACUGGACCAACGUAACUUAUAUAGGCUGCCGAUUUUGGACCGAUAUGGGACCAAUGAUGGCGUGCUGUUUGUAUUCUUAUGUUUACAGUUACGAAAUAAAUCUUCGAAGGCAUGUUGCGCUUGCACCACAUCACGUAAAACUGCUUUCAUAUCGUGCAUUCGUGUGGCCCUAACUCGAAUACGCAUCGGCCAUAUGGGAUCCCCAUUAAGAGUACUUAAUUCAAGCAUUAGAGCCAGUUCAAAACAGGGCGAUGCGCUUCAUUACAUCUAACUAUUCCAGGGACACGUGUAAGGAAAAACCUUGACGUUGAUCUUCUCUCGUCAAGACGGUUGAUAGCCAGGCUGUGCCUCUUUCAUAAAUUUCACAAUACAAACGCUCUCGAUCGUGUCCUAGUCUCUGCUAACUAAAUUUCAUCUCGUCUGAACAGUAUUCAUAUGAUUAAGCUUCCCCAUUGUAAUAUCACUUCCUUUCUAAGAUCAUUCUUUCAUAAAACAACUGGCGACUGGAAUCUUCAGGCUGAACACGUUGCAUGUACACAGGGCCAUUCAGGUUUUAAGGCUGUCCUCUUCCAAACCACAUCUUCAGAUUCAUACAUGUUCUUCCCAUGGUACAUCUGGUCUUCUUCCCUUGUCAGCUUGAUAUUUCUUAUUUACCUUUCUUUUGUACUUUUUGUAAUACUUUUGUUGUGUGUUUCUAUGAUACUUUUUCUUGUGUGCUACUCACCAGUCUGUUAUGCAAUACCCUCUGGGGGUCUUUAACGUACUUAAAGAUUUCAAAUAAAGUCACUUAGAUCUGC